CGCGCGUCUCCGACCUGGACUCGCCCCCGCGCAAAGCGCCCCAGCCCAGCAGGAUAUCCCCGCAGCUGCUGAACUCCAUGCUGCAGUCUCGAAAGGCGGAGGCUCGCAAGCUGGUGGGCGGCGUCACCAUCGAGGACUGGAUGAACGGACGGGAACAGACGCGGCGGUUGGUGAUGGAACACGCGCAGAAAUCUGCGGCGUACGCCGAGGCUGCGCAGCACCGAACCGAGCUGCUGAGGGAGGCGGAGGUUACCUUCUCGCAGAAUCGUUCGGUUCGACACGGUUCGCUCGCCGAGCUCCCAGACGACGCCGACCCGGAGAACUUCCCGAAUCCGCCGGGCGUGUCCGAGAAGACGGCGAGGAGGCUUCAUCAGGAGGCGAUGCGUGCGGUGGGCGGGGACGACAAGUGGUGGAAGGAAACGGCGCGGCUCAACAGGGAGCAGAGGGUGCUUGACCAGCAGGAGGAGGCCAGGCGGCGAAAAGUGCUCGAGCGGGAGGUGCAGGCCACGCCGGGUGUGACGUACAAGAACAACAGGGACCGGGCGGGCGUCGGCGCAGCGAGGACCUCGGUGCAGUCGUUGCACUUUGGAGAGACGGAGGUGUUCUGAUGAAACAAAAUUAGCCGCCUAAUCUGUAAAACAAGCGUCACGCAACCG